AUGAUUGCAGCUGCCUCAACAGCAGCAAGGACUCAAAGCAUAACUCUACUGGCAGCAGAAGGAGCAUAUGUGGCUGCAGCAGCGGGAGCAGCAGCGGCAGCUUUGUCUGACCAGCAGCAGCAGCAGCAGCAGCAGCAGCAGCAGCAGCAGCAGCAGCAGCAGCAGCAGCAGCAAAUGGGUGUGCCGGGCCUGUGGUCGCUGCUGGCCCCUGCGGGCCGCCGCGUUAAGCCUGAGCACUUAACGGGAAAGAUUGUUGCUGUUGAUGCUUCCAUUUGGAUUGUCGAGUUUAUGCAUGCAAUGAGAGAGGCCGAUGGGUCCCCAACAGCUGGGGCUGUCCUGAUUGGCUUCUUUAACAGACUAUGCCGGCGUCGCCAGCGCAACGCAGCGGAGCGAAACCUCCGUUCUGUGGCUCUUCGUUUAUUAGUAAACCGAAUGCAGCAAAAAGGAGCAGCAGGCCCGCAUCCCGAGCAGCAGCAGCAGCAGCAGCAGCAGCAGCAGCAGCAGGAGCAGCAGCAGCAGCAGCAGCAGCAGCAGGAACUAACCAUCACUAUCUCCUCAAGAAGCGGCAGCAACACCCCCAGAAGAAGACCCCUUUAUAGUGCCCCCCGCACCCGCGAUGAAUAUGUGGCGCAGCGGCGUGCUGCUGCUGCUGCUGCUGCUGCUGCUGCUGCUGCUGCUGCUGCUGCUGCUGCUGGUGAGGAGGGCGCAGGCGAAGACACGCCGCAGCUGUUUUCCUCUGAGGAAAGCGGAGAGUCCGAAGAAGAUGAAGAAGAAGCAUUUUUAACCAGCAGCGGCGACUUUGUGGAGCUGCCCCUCGACUCAGCCAUAGACCCCAAAGUGUUUAACGCCUUGCCGCUAACCCUUCAGUACCAGGAAAUUAACAGCGUCAAGACCAAAAUGGCGGAGCAGCAGCAAGAGAUGAGGCAGCAGCAGCAGCUCGAAGAGGAGCAGCAGCAGCAGCAGCAGCAGCCACCGCCCUUGCUGCUGCAGCUGGGAGUGGAUAUGCCCCAGGAACAGCAGCAGCAGCAGCAGCAGCAGCAGCAAACAGCGGCGAUGCAAAAAACGGAGAUGUCGCCGUCGCAGAGACUGCAGAGCCUGGCGGACAUUCCCACUGGCAGCAGCAGCAGCAGCAGCAGCAGCUUCACCAGCAGCAGCUUCAGCAGCAGCAGCUUCAGCAGCAGCAGCUUCAGCAGCAGCAGCAGCAGCAGCAGCAGCAGCGCUUCGUGGAUGGAGUUGUGCGGGCUAGUCCCAAAGUCUGGGCGCCGCAAAUUCGUGAACGAUUUGCUGCUGCUGCAGCAGCAGCAGCAAGAGGAGCAGCAGCAGCAGCGGCUGCGUGGGACAUCAGAACUUGACUUGAAAUUGCUGCGGCCCUCAGAGCUCUUCAGCGGUGCUGCUGCUGCUGCUCUUGCUGCUGAGAACAAGCGAAGGGAGAUGCAGGAGCUCUUUGGCAGCAGCAGCAGCAGCAGCAGCAGCAGGAUGCAGCAGCAGCAGCAGCAAGAGUUUCUGGAUGAUGAGUUCUACGUCAAGAAGGACGGCAAAAAGAAGCACUUGGCGCUGCUGUCAGACGAAGAGAUUUUCGGUGAGGAAUUUCUAGCUGGGGAGACGGCUGCUGCUGCUGCUGAGCCAGCAGCAGCAGCAACAGCAGCAGCAGCAGAUGCAGCAGCAAAUGCUGCGGCGGAUAAUAGCGACACUGAGUUUGAAGACUGCGAAAUUGAUGAGCCGAUUUUGCCGCUGGAACUGCAGCAGCAGCAGCAGCAGCAAGAGCUGCAGCAGCAGACGCAGCAACAGCAACAGCUAGAAAAGCAGCAUCAGCAGCAGGAGCAGCUGCUGCAGCAGCAACAGCAGCCACUGUCGCAGCCGCCGCAGCAGCAGCAGCAGCAAGAGCAGCAGCAGCAGCAACAACAACGCAGGGAGCCACAGCAGCAGCAGCAGCACAAGGAGACGCAGCAGCCGCAGCAGCAGCAACCACAACAGCAGCAGCAUCAACAGGCGCAACGGCAGCAGCAACACGAAUUACAGCAGGAGCUGCAGCAAUCACAGCAGCAGCAGCAACAGCAGCAACCACAAUCGCAACAGCAGCAACAAGAACAAUUAGAGAAGCAGCAGCAACAGCAGUUACAACCGCAGCAACAAACGCAGCAGCAGCAGCAGCAGCAGCAGCAGCAGCGCCUCAGCUCUCAAAUAGUACGCAGCAAAUUGAACCUUGCUGGCCUCGGAAGUUCACUCGAUCCCAAGGCGAUCCCAGCUGCUUCGCCCCACACCCUCCCUACAGCAGCAGCAGCAGCAGCAGCAGCAGCAGCAGCAGCAGCAGCAGCAGCAAAAGUGGAAGCGGCUUCACUAUCACGCCGUCGCCAAAGACAAAGCACAGCAGCAGCGACAGCAGCAGCGCCAGCAGCAGCAGCACCAACAACAACCACAGCAGCAGCAACAGCAACAGCCAGAGCAGCGGCCGCAGCAGCAGCAGCAGCAGCAACCGAAGCAGCAGCAGCAGCAACGCCACCAGCACCACGAUCACCAGACGUAGGUCCAUCAGCAGCGCCAGCAGCACCGGCAGCAGCGACUGCAGCAGCAGCAGCAACUGCAGCAGCACCAGCAGCAGCACCAGCACCAGCAGCAGCAAGAGCAGCAGCACCAGCAGCAGCACCAGCAGCAGCGACUGCAGCAGCACCAGCAGCAGCGCCAGCAGCAACACCAGCAGCACCUCCAGCAGCAGCAGCAACGGCAGCUUUCGUCCGGAUAAAGAGCAAUCCUUUCUCGCCAAAGAGCACCAGGAAGCAGCAGCAGCAGCAGCAGCAACAGCAGCAACAGCAGCAGCAGCAGCACACAGCGGAGUUGCCCGAAACAGUGAAGAGGGAUGCAGAGCAGCAGCAGCAGCAGCGGCAGCACCAUGCUACUGCUGCUGCUGCUGCUGCUAUAGAGCCUGCUGCAUCUCCCGUGAGGGAGUCUGAGUCCGCUCGGGCUCCUGCUGCGGCUGAGCAGCAGCAGCAGCAGCAGCAGCAGCAGCAGCAGCAGCAGCAGCUGCAGCCGCAGGAGCAAGAUGAAGACGACUUCAUGGGUUUGUGGCUGAACGUUUUUCCUUUUUUGCGGCAGCACGUAGAGCAGCAGCAGAAGCAGCAGCAGCAGCGCAAGCGGCACCAACGACAGGAAGCUGCUGCUGCUGCUGGCCCUGCAGCAGCAGCAGCAGAUGCAGCAGAUGAAGACCCCGAAGCAGCAGCAGAAAGGGCGGAGAUUGAGGCGCUGCUGGAUCUGCAGCAGGCUGCCCAGGAAGCAGCAGCAGCAGCAGAUGAAGCAGCAGCAGAAGCAGCAGCAGCAGAAGAAGCAGCAGCUGCAGCAGAAGCAGCACCGCAACAACAGCUGACACACUGGACUGCAACAGCAGCAGGAGCUGCUGCUGCAGCACCAGCAGCAGCAGGAGUCUACAGCUCCCGGCGGCCACCUCCAGCAGCAGGCAUCACGCGCAGCUACCCGCCGCAGCAGCAGCAGCAGCAACAGCAGCAGCAGCAGCAGCAGCAGCAGCAGCAGCAGCAGCAGAGUUUGACUGAGAUUCUAGAGGAAGAGAGACAGGCACUGAUGCAGCAGCUAGGCCGCCUACAGGCCCGCGGCGAAAUAGCUGACGAUGAGACCAAGGCGCAGCUAGUGGCCCUGCUGGAGGCCUUUGGAGUGCCCUACGUGGUGGCUCCCGCAGAGGCGGAGGCGACGGCCUCGCGGCUGUGCUCUGAGGGUUACGUCGACGCAGCGCAGCAGCAGAAGAGCAGCAACACUUUGGCUGUAGACUUCAAGUUCUAG